UAAUCUGUACGAGAUAUCACGCCAGCAACGUGACCUAACUACUUACCGCGCUGGUACUAGUUCCCACGACAGAGAGUAAAUAUGGACGUCAAGACUCUUCUCCUGCUUCUACCAGUUGUUUACAGCGCGUGCCCAUCACCAUGGAAUAUGGAGUUCCAGAGUUCCUGUUACAUGAUUGUUACAGAAAUGAAACCUUGGGCGGAAGCUGAUCGUAAUUGUGGGCUUCAUCACCCCGAUGGUCACCUAGUUAAAAUUGAAACAGCGGAGGAGCAAACCUUCCUUACGAACUACGUCAAAGCUCACCAAGCACACCUCGCGGGAGAACUGUGGACAGACGGGACGGACGUGGAGGUCCCGCGUGAGUUUGUGUGGGACUAUGGGUACGACCACUUCGUCUAUGCCAACUGGAAACAUGGGGAACCCAACAACCAGGGCGGCCACGAACACUGUGUGGAGUACGGCAAGAGCUACAACUACCAGUGGAAUGAUAUCCCGUGCAAUAAUCACUACCAGUCCAUCUGUGAAUUCGAGAAAACUGUGUGAAUUUCACAACAGCAUGCCACAAAUUAUUGCAACAAUAAAGAUUCUACAUAAAGAAGCCAUUACACGUAUUAAGCUCCUGUUGUUGUUUCUAUAACUUAAACAUUCGGGUUCGGAUUUUGUUUAUGUGAAUUGACAUUAACCUAUUUCAUCAGUGAGUGUUGAUAUCAUAUAUCAAAUUAGUUUACUUUGUCAUUGUGUUGAC